CUCUUCAUCACGUACUCAAAAACGCGUCUUUAGCUUUGGAAAUUUCACACAAUCUCAUUUGUACCUCGCGCCACACGAACUUGACGCGUGUAUCUCAGAUUUCACGAUUGCAACUACAAACUGACCAGUCGCCACUACCUUGCGGACCAGACCCCCAUUACUCACACCACCUUCGCACAAUGACUACACCCUCCCCACAAACAUGGACGCUCCGCUUCAAGUCCCGCAAAACCACCAUCCUCCUCCACGUCGACCCUCUCCACACCUUCACCACGAUAAAAUCGCACCUCUACAACGCCCUCACCGAAACCGGGCUCAAAGACCUCGAUGGCUCCACAAUACCGCUCCCCUCCUCGCCUGCAGACAUCCAGCUCGGUCGCCCAGUCGACGUCAACGAUGCACAACAGGGCUUCCAGCUCGGCGAGUGGGAAUAUGCGGCUUCGGAGGAGUUUGACGGCAAGGGGAAGGGGAAGGGCAAGUCUAGCGCUUCGAAGGUGAACAAUUGUCCUAUGGGGGCGAAUUUGAAGGAUAAUGCUGUGUUGGCGCUCCGUUGGGAGGGCGACGGGGUGUGGGAUGGGAGGGAUGAUGAGAUGGAUGGGGAUCUGGAGAAUGGGUUGAGUGGGAAGGGAGCGGAUAUGUGGGGAGUUCAGCUUGCGAGCUUUGAUGAUGCGUAUGGGGUUACCAAUGAGAGUGAUGUUGGUGGGGGGAGGGAAUUUGAGGGGUGAGGAGAAGUCGGGGGAAAAAGUAGAUGACCAAGUUCAGUGCCCAAUUGGGGGAUUGCUAUGUUCCAGUAUCUAGUGGAAUAUUGCUCUAUAUACGAAAUCAAUGACGAACAUAGAAUUACGCCAAAAAAUCCUAUUUACAGCCUAUCCACCCACUCUCUUAUCUAUACCUGCACCUCUAGUCAACCAAACUCUCCAUCACGUCUCCACCACCCAUACCUCGAUCACACACGUACCAAUUUCCUAUCGCCGUUCUGCUUGAUCCGUCCAGCACGAAGACAAAGCAUCACAUUCCAUACCCUAGCAUUCACCACCGCGUCAA